GGGGGAAUGACACCCACUGGAGUGAAGGAGGAGGGCAGUGUGUGGAGACGUAAGGAGGAGAAAAAACCUAGUAAACCUGACAAAGCGUCUGAGAAACAGUGCGAGGACUGUCGGCGGAAGACGAGAAAGAGACGCGAAAGACGCUCUUUUCACCAGGGGGACGCACAUUGAUGGAUUUUAUGACAUUUUGCACCGGACAACUAUCCUCUCGUACCUUUUAAAGCCCCGUUCCACCUCCUUAGUGGCUGCAAACUUUCUUUUUAGUUAACAAGUGCGCUGCUCGGGAACACUGGGCAUGUUUUGCGCCCUGGAAGAAACUUGGUGACGGGGAGGAAAGUUUCGGGGGGACAGCGGUAUGGUUUUCCGAGCUGUUUAUGAAGGAUAACGCGUGUAAACUCGGAUUUCUUUGCAUGGCAUUGGACUACGCUGCCAGUCGGGGUUGGAUUAUAUCCCUCUGAUCUGAGUUGAUGCCGGCUGUUUGUGGAAUAGUAAACUGAAAAAGGCAGCGCCUCGCAGAUUUUUUUGGUGCAUUGUGGAGUUGGAGACAUUCCUCCCUCUGGAUUCAGCUCAUGCUCUCUCCUCCCUUAUCUGUGCAUGCCAAAACAGAGAUCUCCACGAUUUUAUUCCUCCCUGCCCAGGUGAUUGAAUUCCACUGAGUGACAGGCCGACCCGGGAGCAGUUGAUGGUUGGGCGGACUCCCUCAGAUGGGAUCAGUGUCCAGGGGGAGGUGGAGAAGGGGGGUAUGGGGAGCGCUUGCCCCCACUAACGGGAUGGCCUCGUGGGCCUGGCUGCUGGCCGCUGUCCUGCUGUCUCUGCUGACCGUCAGCGUGGCCCGGCCACCCCUCACCGGCACCAAGGAGGAGGAGGCCACUCUGGAACCUGAAGAGGCAUCGAACAAAUACCAAAUUUCAAAGCCCACGGUGUGCUCGGUGCACCCGGGGGAGUUGCUGAAGCUGAGCUGCCCUCUGCCACCGACGGGGACCAUCACCUGGACCAAAGAUGGCAGCUCUCUGGGCACCAACAACCGCACGGUGAUAGAGCAGGAGGUGCUGCAGAUCCGUGAUGCCACGCCCAAGGAUUCAGGCCUGUACACCUGCACCAGCGUGGGCAAAGACACGGUCUGCUUCAUAGUGAAUGUCACAGAUGCCAUCUCGUCGGGGGAUGAUGAGGACGAUACAGAGCGAUCGGAGGACACGGGGGCGGACGGAGAGCAGAUAAGCGCUCCGUAUUGGACGUCGUCAGCAAAGAUGGAGAAGAAGCUGCAUGCGGUGCCAGCUGCCAAUACAGUCAAGUUCCGCUGUGCUGCAGGAGGCAACCCCCGGCCUAAGCUGCGCUGGCUUAAAAACAGCAGGCCUUUCCGCCAAGAGGACCGUAUGGGAGGGUAUAAGGUGCGCAGCCAGCACUGGACCCUGAUCAUGGAGAGCGUGGUGCCGUCAGACAAGGGCAACUACACUUGUCUGGUGGAGAACGAGUUUGGAGCCAUCAACCACACCUACACCCUGGACGUAGUGGAACGGUCCCCUCACCGGCCUAUUCUUCAGGCUGGUCUCCCAGCUAACACCACCGUACACGUUGGGGAAGACGCCCGCUUUGUCUGCAAGGUUUACAGCGAUGCCCAGCCUCACAUCCAGUGGCUGAAACACAUCACUCAGAAUGGCAGCCGCUACGGCCCCGACGGACACCCCUACGUCCGAGUGUUGAAGACCGCAGGUGUUAACACCACAGAUAAGGAGAUAGAAGUUCUCUACUUGCCCAAUGUAACAUUUGAAGAUGCUGGGGAGUAUACGUGCUUGGCGGGUAAUUCUAUUGGGAUCUCCUAUCACACUGCUUGGUUGACGGUGCUUCCAGCUCUAGAGAAAUCCCCAGGGCCUCUUUCCCCAGACUACGUGGAGAUCGCGAUCUACUGCGCGGGCGUCUUCCUCAUCGCCUGCAUGGUGGGCAUCGUGGUGGUGUGCCGCAUGAGGAACACAGCAAAGAAACCCGACUUUGGGGGCCAGCCAGCUGUCCACAAAUUGAGCAAGCAGAUCCCUCUGCGCCGCCAGGUAACAGUGUCGGCAGACUCCAGCUCCUCCAUGAACUCCAGUACACCGUUGGUACGCAUCACAACGCGGCGGAGCUCUGCGCACGAUGAGCCAAUCCCUGAGUAUGACCUUCCCGAGGACCCACGCUGGGAAUUUUCCAGAGACAGGUUGACCCUGGGCAAGCCCCUGGGUGAGGGCUGCUUCGGCCAAGUUGUAAUGGCAGAGGCGCUGGGCAUCGAUAAGGACAAACCCAAGGAGGCUGUAACUGUUGCUGUCAAGAUGCUUAAAGAUGACGCCACUGAGAAAGACCUGUCUGACCUGGUGUCAGAGAUGGAAAUGAUGAAGAUGAUUGGCAAACAUAAGAACAUCAUUAAUCUUUUGGGGGCCUGCACGCAAGACGGCCCUCUCUAUGUGAUAGUGGAGUACGCCUCCAAAGGCAACCUUAGGGAGUACCUCCGAGCCCGCCGGCCGCCCGGCAUGGAGUACUCCUACGAUAUCGCCCGUGUUUCGGAUGAACAGCUCACUUUCAAAGAUCUGGUCUCCUGCACUUAUCAGGUGGCACGGGGCAUGGAGUACCUAGCGUCACAGAAGUGUAUACACAGAGACCUGGCAGCCAGGAACGUCCUGGUCACAGAGAGCAACGUCAUGAAGAUCGCAGACUUCGGCCUGGCCAGGGACGUACAUAAUAUCGACUACUAUAAAAAGACGACCAAUGGUCGCCUGCCUGUAAAAUGGAUGGCUCCAGAGGCGCUGUUUGACCGGGUCUACACACACCAGAGUGAUGUCUGGUCAUUUGGGGUGCUGAUGUGGGAGAUCUUCACCCUUGGAGGCUCCCCUUACCCCGGCAUCCCCGUUGAGGAGCUCUUCAAGUUGCUCAAAGAGGGACAUCGCAUGGACAAGCCCGGCAAUUGCACCAACGAGCUGUACAUGAUGAUGAAAGACUGCUGGCAUGCCAUCUCAUCCCACAGACCCACCUUCAAGCAGCUAGUAGAGGAUCUGGAUCGCAUCCUCACCCUCAACACCAACGAGGAGUAUCUGGACCUGUGCGCCCCAACAGAGCAGUAUUCCCCCAGCUUCCCCGACACUCGCAGCUCCUGCUCCUCCGGUGACGACUCUGUGUUUUCCCACGAUCCCUUACCGGAUGAGCCCUGCCUCCCCAAAUACCAGCACAUUAACGGAAACGUGAAAACAUGAGCCCCCAACCAUCCUCUCUACCUGACCUGCCCCAGUCUGACCCCUUGACGACCCACGUGGCACAGACACCCUCGCCGAAAUCCUCCCAACCUCCUGCCUCUCCCCAUCACCCCUCUGGCUCCCGGUGGACUAAUGGACCCAGUCGGGGCUGGGCUGGUGGCAGCGCUGCUGUCACACACUCAUACUGCCAUGCACACACACUUCACGCUCAUGAGGUCUUAAGGGAGAGGACAGGGACCGAACAGAAGCAGUUUUUAACUGACUGAAUGAAUUGACUGGGGACCCUCCUGGGGACUGAACAAAAGCAGUUUUUAACUGACUGAAUGAACUGACUGGGGACCCUCCUCCUCUUCUCCCUUCAUAAUAAACACAAAGACUUUCCAUUUUGGUUCUCAUGUUUUUACCCGGAUUUUUUUUUUUUUUUUCACAAUCGACGACGUUACUUGUUUGGUAAUCCCAUUCCAGUGGCUGGCAUUCCAAGACUGUUAUUUGCUCCUGGAGGAAUGUAUGGACCGAUGUGAACUUUAAAACACAAAACAAAACAAAACAAGGGACUAGAAGAGGACGACGAAUAGGAAAAGGACUGAAAGCUUCAACUAACAAAACAGAGGAAUAGAAGGAGAGCACAUAUAGAAACUGCUCUCCUGUUUAUUUUGUAAUAUUGAUGCAUUUCUUUUUCAGUUCUCUUGAUAAACCUUCCCAAUUAUUCUGGAGAAAAAAUACACAGUAUAAUGUAUAGUGCUGGGUAUAUUUGUAAAUAUAUUCAAAAAUGUAUAAAUAUAUAUUAUAUAUUUACAAUGAAUUAUUUUUUGUAUGGACUCCGAAAUAACCCUGACCCUCCCUUCCCUACUUUGAGUUUGAGGCAGGUAUUCUAACAGGUUAUGUGUCCUAUAUUUCUCUUCACACACACACACUCACACACACACAGACACGGAUACACAUUUUAAUACACACAAACACCUGUUUUACUCUCACUCAGUAACACAGUUGAGUAUUGGCUUUCAGGGACUGAGGUAGCAUGUUAAUUUAUUGACUUGUGUUUUUUGAAUCAAAAAAAGUCUGGAAAAAAGAACAAAAACAAUGUGGCAGAAAUGAUGACAUUAAUGAUGCUGAUAAUACAUAAAUAAUCCAUUAAAUUUAUGGUAAUUUAAAAUGAUCUUUCAGCAGUAACAGAAAAAAAGCUAUUUUUAGUGGAUUUGAAAGAUCCAGGUUUUGUAAGUUUUAUAUAUGAAUGUGAAUAUUAAGUUAAAUUUUAAAAACUGUACAUUUUAUAGUCAGCUAAUCCCUUUCUUAUGUAGAUGAUGAUGCCAUUUCUAUCCAGUCAUUUUACUCUUUCUUAGCUUUGCUAUAGGAAAUGAGAUUGACUUCUGGAUAUUUAUAUAUGAUUGAUGGAAAAAGAUUUUGGAAAUACCUACUAGCAAUCCGCUCCCUCACUUAGAGACAAAAUAUAGACUCCAAAUUUACUUGACAGAAUUGAAAGCUGAAAAACAAAGUAUUAAAUCAUUCAAGUGUUUUUUGUCUUUUUCUACUGGACCAACUUUAAGAUGUUCUUUUGCAAGUGUUCAUGCCACAUUUGCGAAAUAAAUGAUGGAAAAACAUAA